GAAGCGGCGGUUGGCUUCUGUGCGUUCGAAAUUCUAGUUAGGUAACUGCGGCGUCUGAGGUGAGCUCGCGAGCUCCACCGCGUCCUUCGGACUUCAGUGAUGGCUCAUGAAGCAAUGGAAUUUGAUCUUCAGGUACAGCUAGAUCAUCAUACUGCUGAACAGCCUACUCCUGUUGAAGUGGUCAGCAGCCAAGGGGUAGCACCUCUGUUUCAGCCUGUUCCUGCUGAAGUGGUUAACAGCCAAGGGGGACCACCCCUGCUCCAGCCUGUUUCUGCUGAAGUAGUCAACAGCCAAGGGGGACUGCCCCUGCUCCUGCCUCCUCCUGCUGAAGUAGUCAACAGCCAGGGGGUACCACCGCUACUCCAGCCUCCUCCUGCUGAAAUAGUCAACAGCCAGGGGGUACCACCCCUACUCCAGCCUGCUCCACAGGUGUCCAUUGACCUGACAGAGGAAGGGGAGCUCACGGGAGUAGAGAGUGUGGAAAACAUCAAUUCAGGAGUUUCAGAGGAACAUAGGCAGGGAACUGGUGCUAACCGCACUGUCCAAGCAUCUUCAUUGGAUUCGAUGAGCAGCUUCGUCAGCGGGCUGCAGAGACUUCACGGCAUGCUGGAAUUCCUGAGACCUCCACCUUCAGACCGCAAUGUGGGGCCAGUGAGAGUGAGGAGAAGGAGGAGAUCCUCUUCACGCAGGACAAGAGAUGGAGGGUCUCAGAGGACAGACAGUGCCAGGUUGAGAACACCACUGGAUGCUUACUUUCAGGUGAGCAGGACCCAGCCUCACUUGCCAGCCACCAAUGAUUCAGAGACUGGGAAUCCUAUCUCUGAAGACUUGCAGGUGUCAAGUAGUUCUGAUUCUGACAGUGACAGCUCUGCAGAGUAUGAAGAGGUUGUUGCCCAAGCAGAGGGACCUGGAGCUGUUAUUUUAGGGGAGCAACAAGAAAGUAUCUCAGCAGAGCAAGAAGUUACAUGUAUUGGUGGAGGUGAAACCCUCCCCAAAGAGUCUCCCCAGAAGUCCAACCCUCUUCUAACUUCUGCUUCUGUGGAUGAAGAAGAAGGGGACACUUGCAGUAUAUGUUUAGAGCAGUGGACCAAUGCUGGGGACCACCGACUCUCAGCAUUACGCUGUGGGCACCUCUUUGGGUAUAGGUGCAUUUCUAAGUGGCUCAAAGGACAAGCACGAAAAUGUCCUCAGUGCAACAAGAAAGCCAAGCGUAGUGACAUUGUUGUCCUUUAUGCCCGAGCCCUGAGAGCUUUGGACACUAGUGAACAAGAGCGCAUGAAAAGUUCCUUACUGAAGGAGCAGAUGCUAAGGAAACAAGCGGAGUUGGAAUCGGCACAGUGCCGGCUCCGACUUCAGGUCCUCACUCAUGAAUGCACUAAACUCCGUAAUCGUGUCCUGGACUUGAAAAAACUUAUUCUGCAGCAUCAGGAUCAGAUUUUACAGCAACCCGUGGGCUCUCAAGCACGUUUCCUGAGCUGUCUGCUACCCAGCCAGAGCCAGCACAAAUACCAGUUUCAGAAGACCAUCACAGUAUCUCAGACAGGAAACUGCCGAAUCAUGGCAUACUGUGAUGCUCUCACCUGCCUGGUGGUAUCACAGCCUUCUCCUCAGGCCUCCUUCCUUCCAGGCUUUGGUGUUAAGAUGUUGAGUACUGCCGACAUGAAAAGCAGUCAGUACAUUCCAGUGCAUGGCAAACAGAUCCGUGGACUGGCUUUCAGCAAUCGGUCCAAAAGCUUGCUGCUCUCUGCUUCCCUGGACAACACUGUUAAACUGACCAGCCUGGAGACCAAUACGGUGGUUCAGACUUACAAUGCUGGACGUCCUGUCUGGAGUUGUUGCUGGUGUCUUGAUGAAAACAAUUACAUCUAUGCUGGACUGGCCAAUGGUUCAAUUCUGGUGUAUGACCUGAGAAACACAAGCUGUCAUAUCCAGGAGUUAGUACCUCAGAAAGCCAGGUGCCCACUGGUAUCCCUAUCGUACAUACCCAAAGCUGCCUCAGCUGCAUUUCCAUAUGGUGGGGUGCUAGCUGGAACCUUGGAGAAUGCUUCCUUCUGGGAGCUGAAAGUGGGCUUUUCUCAUUGGCCCCAUGUGCUGCCUUUGGAGCCAGGGGGCUGCAUAGACUUUCAGACGGAGAGCAGCACUCGGCACUGUCUUGUGACCUACAGGCCUGAUAAAAACCAUAACACCACGCGAAGCAUGCUGAUGGAGAUGUCCUACAAGCUGGAUGAUGCUGGAGAGCCAGUCUGCUCUUGCCAUCCUAUACAAACAUUCCUUGGGGGACCCACUUGCAAACUACUGACCAAAAGUGCCAUUUUCCAAAGUCCAGAGAAUGAUGGCAGCGUCCUGGUGUGCACUGGGGAUGAAGCAUCAAAUUCUGCUCUGCUGUGGGAUGCUGGCAGUGGCUUAUUGCUGCAGGACCUGCAGGCCGAUCAGCCUGUCUUGGACAUCUGCCCAUUUGAGGUGAACCAUAACAACUACUUGGCUACCUUAACAGAGAAGAUGGUCCACAUCUAUAAAUGGGAGUGACACAGUCUUAACCUUUCAGGCAUACUGCUGGUUAACAUUAAAUGUUUGCUAGCACCUUGCAGUGCUGAGCAAGAUUCCUACUUAUUGCCUGUGGACUAGAAUUUUGGGGAUCAUGGUUCAUUUGGAUUAGUAUGAUUCUAGGACUCCAGGUCACUAAGCCACUACAGAUUAUGUAUCUGCUGUGUACAUCAAAAGAAUAAGUCCAUCUACAUUAUCCAUUUCUUGGGUUAAAAGCUUUCAUAAGUCUUUGUUGGGAAUCUUUAUUUUCUAUCUAACUUCCUGCUGGACUUAAAUGGUGUCCUCUCAGCAAUCAUUUAGUAUAUGAGUGUGCAGCAAGCAUUUUCUGGGGAUAUGACACCUCAUCUGAGUGCUCUUAUCACUUGGGCUAAUUGCCUUGGGAGUGCUACAUUCUUGAAGGGACUAACCAUCUUCUUGAUGCUGCUUGGAUGCAGAAUUUUUUCUUCAGUUGAACACAAGAGGGCACUGUAGAACCUCAUUUGUGGUUUGAUCUGUUUCUGACCUUGAAGGUUAACACCUUUUUAGUAACUUGGUCUCAUCCCUACAGAAAUGUGUGGUAGAGCACAUCUGGUGUGCUUUGUGGCAACAACAGUUAGGUUCCAGAUAUACAGUGCUGGAAUAUUAAGAAGCCUAGCGAUGGGGCCGGCCCGUGGCUCACUCGGGAGAGUGCGGUGCUAAUAACACCAAGGCUCUGGGUUCGGAUCCCAUAUACGGAUGGCCGGUUCGCUCACUGGGUGAGCGUGGUGCUCACAACACCAAGUCAAGGGUUAAGAGCCCCUUACCGGUCAUCUUUUUAAAAAAAAAGAAGAAGAAGAAGAAGCCUAGCGAUGGAAACAGCUGAUGAGCUAUAGACCCUUUGCUAGUGCUGAGUGCAUUAGGUUCAUCACAUUGUGAGAGCUAAGGAAAGAGACCAGUUAUCUGAGUGGUAGAGAAGACUCAUUUUUUCUAACUAGCUUAACAUCUCAGGAUUGGUGUUAUCUAAACCAGUGCUUUAUCUGUUUUUUGUUUUUUUGUUUUUUUCAGUCCAUCUAAGCCAGGGCUCUAAAGACCAUUCCUUUUCUGUUUUGUUAGGAAAAGAUGAAUGAUCAGUCAAAGCUUUCCACUUGAAUCUUCCCUAAUAUCAGAGAUCAGGAGCAAGAGACUAACAGAGCUUACAAAAGAGAAGCUGCUCAGACUGCUAUUGAGGACAGGAGAAGGGCUUGUCUCUUCCAUUUUGAGAGAGUUCCUAUCUGAAUAAAGCCAGUCCCUCAGAAUGACGGGCUGUUCUUGAGUGUUUAUAAUUCCCAGGUAAAGGCUAAUGAAACUGAUGUUUGAUUCCAAGUUCCUCUGAUUUGUGUCCCUAACCUUUUCUAAAAGUGUUUUUAGUGAAAUGUUUAUUCUCAGGAAGGUAAUAGUGGUUGGAGACCUAAAUGGGUGUCAGGGAGGUGCCCACCAACUUUCAUUCCAAUCCUGGAUUGUCCAACAUUGGGAGCUGAAAUUUCCCCAAUAGAGGGCUUGGCUUAUAUUUAUUUGCUUUGCCUUAGGCUGCUCUGUCCACAGCAGGACAUGACUCAAGGUUUGGGCAGUGUGGUUUUCUUAAAUAAUUGUUAGAGAGAUGUUACCAUUUUUAUUACAGAACACUUAUGACCUGUCACCUUAUGAGCUCUUUCCAGGAUCUUUCUCUCCAUUAAGAGGUUGUUACAGUAGAUUUCCCCAGAGUUCCAAGUUCUAGUUGUGCCUUUUAAUGACCUCCUUCUAUUUGAGGACAUUUUUCAAAAAGCCCCUAUUUCUCGGAGGAAAUACUGCUUUUGAUAUGUCUGUGGGUAAGAGUGGCUGCUCGUGCCUGGAGCUUCAGUGGGAGAAUGGGAUUUAAAUUAAAUGGCAGAAUUCAUCUGGCUUCAGCAGAUUGCCACAGAGAGGAUGCAGGUGGUCAGGCCUCGGGCUGCCUUUGUCUUUGGGGCGUAGCAGGGUUAGGAUUUGACUUGCUUUGAAGUACACUCAGUUGAUGCUGAUUGAUUACCCUAAAAGUAGGAACCUGGGGACUUAUUAACCAGGCAAAUUGGGUGAAUCUCAAGUCCUGCCAAUCCUUGCAUUCCCACAGUAAAUUUGGAUGAUUUUGGAAGCAAAUACACAUGACUAUGAUUUCUCCAAAAAAAAGAGCCCCUGUUCCCCUUGCAGAAGACUGCAUCUAUAGACCCAGGCUCUCUGCCCCACCACAUUUCCUCACCCCUACCUCUAAGGUUUUUUUCCAUUUGAGGGUUUGGAGUUCAGUGAAUUCAAAAUAUCUUGUCAUUUUAUGUAUCCUUACGUCUGCUUUGAAAAUAGGCAAUG